UUUAGCUCCUGAGCAGUAUUCUCCUAAUUUAUGAAUGACUGAGGAAAGAUGCUCUGCAACUUGAGGAUACUUUUCUCAUCUGGAGACACAGUGGCUGUGUUGGGAUUGUGAUGCUGUGCUCUGUGCCUCUUGAGCAGGGAUGACCGAAGCCAGCCUUCUGGUGUCCACGUCUCCUCCUACUCUCAGUCUUCUUUCUCCUCUGCCUCUGUGCUCCUGUUUGGCAUGCGAGGGUCAAGUCAGCAGCAUUUCUCAUCCACCUCAGUCCUCCCUCCAGCUGUGUUGUGAUCGUGUUCCUCGGUGCCACACUUGACCUGAAGGCUUCUCAGGCAAAACAAGCGGAUUAACUAUGAACUUUGCUCUCACUAGGAGACACAGUCAACCCUUAAACAGAAGACUCUGAGAUCUGAUGAAAGUCCACUGAGAAUGACAAACCCAAACACUCCCGUCACGGUUGGAUGCUUCUAAACACAAGAAAACCAUGGAAGGAGAGAGCGUAUUGAACUCCACUGUAAACACCAGUACGAUGGAUAUCCACCUGGUCACUCACAGUCUCUGGGAGGUGAUCACCAUUGCUACUGUGUCAGCUAUAGUUAGCCUCAUCACCAUUGUGGGCAAUGUCCUGGUGAUGCUCUCGUUUAAAGUUAACAGCCAGCUAAAGACAGUGAAUAAUUACUACCUGCUGAGUCUGGCAGCUGCUGACCUCAUCAUAGGUGUUUUCUCCAUGAACCUCUAUACCUCUUAUAUACUGAUGGGCUACUGGGCCUUAGGGAACCUCGCCUGUGACCUGUGGCUGGCCUUGGACUAUGUAGCCAGUAACGCCUCAGUCAUGAACCUGUUGGUGAUCAGUUUUGACAGAUAUUUUUCCAUCACCAGACCCUUGACCUACAGAGCCAAACGGACUCCCAAACGAGCUGGGAUCAUGAUAGGUUUGGCCUGGCUGGUGUCACUGAUUCUGUGGGCUCCACCUAUUCUCUGCUGGCAAUACUUUGUAGGCAAAAGGACUGUCCCUGAGAGGCAAUGCCAGAUCCAGUUUUUUUCUGAGCCUGUGAUAACAUUUGGGACGGCAAUAGCUGCCUUUUAUAUCCCUGUAUCAGUCAUGACAAUCCUAUACUGUCGAAUCUACAAAGAGACAGAGAAGAGGACCAAAGAUCUGGCCGAGCUCCAGGGGAUUAACUAUCCCACAGACUCUGCGGUCACUCAGCCUCAGAAGACCAUUAUAAGAUCCUGUUUUAGCUGUAAAUUAAGGACAACUUCACAUGACAGGAAUCAAGCCUCUUGGUCAUCCUCCAGCAGAAGCAAUGCUGCCAAAUCAGCAGCCACCACCAAUGAUGAGUGGUCUAAAGCCGGUCAGCUGACCACGUUCAACAGCUAUGCCUCUUCUGAUGAUGAGGACAGGCCUGUGUCUCCGGGGGGCUUCCAGCCCUCCUUCAGGAAUCAGGCUUGUGAGACCAUCAAGAGUGGAGUGGGCAGUGAGAGCGAGCAGCUCAGCAGCUAUGAAGAGGAUAGCUUCUUUCAGACGCCGCCCAAAAGCAACUCUCAGAAGAGCAGCAAGUGUGUGUCGUACAAGUUCAAACCUGUGGUCAAAGACACUCAUGUGGAGCACCACAGCAAAAACGGAGACACCAAAAUGGCGUCGUCAACAUUCUCCUCGGCCGAGUCCAUGAGCGUCCCUUCCACCUCGUCGACAUCUAAGCCCAUAGACGCUACGCUGAAGAACCAGAUCACCAAGAGGAAGAGGAUGGUGCUGAUCAAGGAGAGGAAGGCAGCUCAGACUCUUAGUGCUAUCCUGCUGGCUUUCAUCCUAACAUGGACACCUUAUAACAUCAUGGUGCUUAUUUCCACCUUCUGCUCAGACUGCAUUCCUGUCUCACUCUGGCAUCUAGGCUACUGGCUGUGCUACGUCAACAGCACUGUCAAUCCCAUGUGCUACGCACUUUGUAACAAGACUUUCCAAAAGACCUUCCGUAUGCUCUUACUCUGCCAGUGGAAGAAGAAAAGGAUUGAGGAGAAGCUGUACUGGUAUGGACAAAACCCUGUGGUCAGCUCCAAACUGACAUAAUUUUUUAAAGAUAGUGUAUGAUGACGGCUGUAAAUUAUAUGUUUGUAUUAAUAAUCUUGGCUUUAUGAACUUGAAUUCUACAUAUUAGGUGAAAGUAAAAUUACUAUAUCGAGGAGGUAGUACAAUUUCUAGUGCUCUUUAAUCAGUAGGUCUUCUAUAGUGUAUACUAAUUACUGCUAAAACUUUGGAAAUCAAAGAACAUUAUAAAAUUGCCCCAAUACAAAUAAUGAUACUGUAAAUAGAUUUUAAACAUAUUAUAAAUACCGAUUUCCCCCCGAAGUUGAUCCAAUUUAACACACAGAUUAUUUUGUAUUCAAAAUGGAAGGCUUGAUAUCUGGAAAUUGCUCUAAUCUAAUUAUUGACA